CGAGUCGCAGCAGGAGUGAGGGCAACCCCGUCCCAGAUCUUCCGAAGCGCAACCUCCUCUGCAUGGGUCAGACCGCGGCAGGAGGGUUACUGCACAUGGAGGAGGCACCUGGCUUCUCGUGCGCACCUCCUGGGAAUAUGCUGGCCACGCCCGAGUCUCCGCCCAUGAGCAGCUCGAUGGUGUUGCGGGAAGCCCAGCGCAUCGUGCAGAAUUUGGAGGAGCUGGCCACUACGCCAUUGGUCGACACGCGCCAGAUCACUCUUGUCAACUUCACCCUGCAGAGCCCCGAGCUCGAGACUAGUGGCGCACUUCGCUGCAAGCUGUUUCAGGAAGAGGAGGCUCGUGAGCAUGCAGACACAUCGACUGAAAACCUGCUGUCCUUUGCGGAAGAGCAUCUGGGAGCCAUUUCCUUGGGAACGAGCACGCCACUGGUGUUAUCCCCAAGUGCCCCUGCCUUUGGGGCAAGUUUCACUGUUGACACGGUAGAUGGAACAGGGCACGCAGUGUGUGCCAUCCCAGCGAAGUCUCCUUGCCCGUCGCCAUGUCCUGCAGAUGUCCCUCCAACUGAGUGCGAAAUGGCCGGUCCUGGGACACUCAUCCCUGGUGGGUUGCCCAGUGGUUCGGGGGGCAUGCCUUCAAGCCCAGGCCUUGUGACCCAUGAUGAAGCACUUGACCUCUGUAGGGCUGGGAAGGGUGCAGCUGAGGUAUUGGCCGACGACGCACCGCACAAGACCUGUUCCUCUGCCACGAACAACGAAACCCACGUCUGGGCUUCAGACUGCGAGGCCGACAGUUCCUGCCACCACGUUGAUGUGAAACUGGACGACGGCGACCUGGACAGCUCUCCAUCCGAGCCAUUGGUGGCUCUUGGGGAGUCGUUUGUUGUCGCCAGAGAAUCCCCGACGGCCGACACAGCGGCCUUGAAUGGGUCGCCUGUUGACGUAGCCGAGACCACCUUUGCCAUCCCAGCUGCUCCCCCAGCGGAGUUGGUAAAGAAACAGGCACCCUCUGCCAAGGCAGACACCACCAUGGUCAUGGCAGCUAGCUGUUCUUUGCACCAGCAGUCUACCAAGGGUACAGCAGUGGUCCGCAAGAGCCUCCCAUCACCACGCCCUGCACCAGUGCAGCGUCCUGCAGGGCGGCUGUCGAUGGCCACCAAACCCAGGGCAGUCCUCGGGCGACCCAGUGCUGCAACUAGGACAGCGGCAGACACCACGUUUGCCAGGAAUGCGCAGGCACCAGCGAGACCAUCGCUCGCCCCAAAAGGUGUCGAGCGACCAAAGCCUGGGUCUGCCUCUGGGGUGUCGAAACCUGCUCGAAGGGUGCCAAUGCCAUCUGCGCCCACCGUGACCCAGCGGCCAAAAGCCCAAUUGGGGCCAGCUUUGCCCGAGCCACGUAGGCCACUCGAACCGUCUGCAGGAGCAGCUGCUGCUUCGAGGAGAAGCCUCCAGCCAGUGAGUGGGGCGACCAGCGGGACGGCACGAGGCUCUGCGACCAGGCUUUCCACUGUUCCGGAGAAGGCGGCACGACAGAGUCUCCUCCCUGGUGCCAGGCGGUCUGUGGCUGCCGUUCCAAGGGCCAUGACCACAGCAAGCCAGCCAGUGGCUGCCCAGCCCAAGGCCAAGACUGGACUGCCUGUAGGUCCAGUUGUGCAGCCCUCCCAGUUGCCCCGCUCACGGCUCAGGCCACCCAGCAAUCGAGUGUCGGGCAGCGUUUCUCGAGUGCCUAGACGGGCCUUCAGCCCAGCGUCCUGCCUGCUGCCAGUGCCAGAGUCUCCGGUGGCGGCCCGCCUUUCGUCGACUCCUGCCCGGCCUAAUGUUCCUCUGGCCAGCGGCAGUCCGGAACUGACACCCAUCAGGAAGAAGCCGGAUCACCACUGAAGUCAAUUGUGCCCGAGCUUUAGAAAUUUUUUUUAGAUUGUAAUUUAUUGACAAUGACUUUGUCUAGGAGAUGAUUUUAACUUUUAAAAACUCGCCCGAGCUUCCGUAUUUCUAAGUGCAUAAUAAAGUUGUAACUUUUUGCCAGUGUUA